GGAAUAUAAGUGUGUUACUCAGCCCAAUCUUAGCACCAUUUUUCACCUUUACCAGUGCAAUCGAACAGUAUCAUGUCAAACUCGCUCGAGCCUCCACCACCGUUGACUGAGAAGUUGACUGUCAAGGAAGUGUUAAUAUCCAUUGGCGUUGGUAUCUUUUUUCUUUUUAAUGUCAUCAACAGUAUCUGCAUUGUAGUCAUUUUCAUCUAUCUUGGAUCAACCAUUCCAGUACUGAAACCAUAUGCCACCUAUGUUGCUGUCUACACGCUGGGGGCGAGGACCGUCUUUUUUGCAUGCAUGUUCCUUGUCGGAUGCUAUUGGUGCUGUCUUCGACUGGUGGCACCAAAGCAGGCCGGAAGCAGUAUUUCCGAGUGGUAUUCGAAAGUGCAAGUACACUCCAGCAAAGCCUCGGUUCCAAGCUACAGAAAACUAGGCAAGGCGGGGAGAACAUUUUUUGCCACCACGGGCGUACUUUACGCUUUCAACGGCUUGCAUUAUUGCUUCCGCCCAGAGAGAGUACCCGAGUUCGGCGUGUACAAACCUGUGAUAGGUGAAGGGUGCCAAUAAUGAAGGGCACCGGAGGGGAGAAUGUGAUAGUGGGCAAUAAUGGCAGUCAGCCUGAAUCGGAUGGGGUUACUCCAGCAGGUGAGCAUAGAAACGAUGACACCACAACUCAGUGAAGUGUUUGUUAUACGGGAAACGGUGGAAAGGGCGGCGUGGUGAAAUGCCUUGAUACGUACACAAAUCAGUACUCUUUCAUGAUCGAAACAAUUUAAU